AUGCCGCCCAGGGAAGACCCAGCUCGUGGAGCCUCCGCUCGCUCGCCUAUGCGCUUCAUCUCCGUCGACAAUGUUUUGCAAUAUGCCUCGGAGAUCCCUUCCGGCCAGCCGCGCGUAUCCCCCCAGCGUGGCCCCCGUAGCAUCGCCGGCGUUCGAAGGGUGAGCGGAGGGGGUCUCCCCAAUCUAGCAUCGCGCACGGGACAGCAGAACAUGCCCUCCCGGACGACGAGGAUUAGCGAGAAGCUCGUGCUAUUGCCCGAAACCGUCGAUGGGACUGAGGCUACUGACGAAGAUGGCGGGUCUUUCCCCGUCGAGGAUGAAACGAGGCCGUUGAGAGAUGAGGAAUUAGACGUUCUGAGGAAAAGAGGUGGGCUACGCGGCAAGAGUUACGCUGAGCGGCUCCCGAAAUUCGAAAGAACCCAGAAGCUACCCAGGCUCACGGCUUAUUGCACCGCGCAGUCUUACCGGAUGAGGGCAACUUCGGAAUUCCUGCGCAGGAAGCACGAUGCCAAGACGAAACUCUACAACGACUGUCUCUACACUGUCUACCAUACCCCCCUGCUCUCCGGAAUCGACGGCUACCGCAUUCGGAGUCGGCCCAUACUCAAAACCCCCGGCACGGGAAAGACGGUCCUCGAUCUCGAGAUCGAACGGAGCGAACGGAGCGAUGAGCACAUGGGGUACUACGACGAAUACACCGACGGCGAGCGGGGUGGGAGCCCUAAUCCUGAAAAUGGCGGCUAUCACUCCAUGUCAGACGGGAGCGACGGGGACGCCGAGAAUCCGACCCAGGAGCACCAAUCCCCCAGUCCGAUCAACAGACUCGAGCCCGAUGCCAAGGAGUUUGCAGAGAUGUUUUUAUUUUCGUAUGGCGUCGUUGUCUUCUGGAACUUUUCCGAGCAGCAGGAAAAGUCCAUCCUGGCCGACAUGACCUUUGCCGAAACCGAGACCGGGGAGGCCCUGGCCACUCGUCCUCUCGACCAAUGUGACUUCGAAACGGAGGAAUUUCACUUCGAGUACAAUGCUGACGUGAAGCGGCCGCGGAUUUUCAACGACAUGAUCACCCUCCUGCCCCGGUCGGAUCACAUGGUCAAGCUAACCAUCAGCCACGCCAUCGCGCAGAGCACGAAGCUCUGCCUAUUCGAGGAGCGCAUGUCUGAGACUAUGAUAAACGCGCAGCACGUUCCAAAGCGGCUUGCGCUCACCGGAGAGCUGAACAUGACGAGGACCGAGAUCGUAAAGAUUCUGGGCCGUCUAUUCAAAAGCCGGGUCGACAUAAAUCUCUCAUCGAAUAUCUUGGACGUCCCUAAUUUCUUCUGGGACGCAGAACCUACGCUACACCCGCUCUACGUCGCGAUACGCGAGUACCUCGAAAUCGACUUACGCACCAAGGUGCUCAACGAGCGAUGCCGCGUGUUUCUCGACCUGGCGGAGAUCCUCUCUGACUCGGUCGCCGACGCGAAGAUGAGCGCCAUAACGUGGAUCAUCAUCGUCCUGAUCUGUCUCAGCAUCCUGGUCACCGUCACCGAGGUCGGUCUGCGGUUCAGCAUGCUCUCCAAGGGCAGACAGGGCGGCGACGGCGAAGACGUCGUUGGCCCCGGUGGCGCCGCUCUCCCCUCGGGGUGGGUGGCCGUUAGGUCCAACGCGACGCUCGAGGAGUUGAGACAGUGGGGCGUCAAGCUUAGCGAGGAGGAGAGGGCGGCAGUGUGCGGCGCGAGUUAUAUCAGUACAACAUUUGCGGGCAUCUAA